AGACGCAAUACUGAAGCAGACAUGAAGGAACUUGGCAGAAUAUUAGAAAACUUUGUUCAAGAGGCUGGUGAGCUGGAGACCCAGGUUCAAACCUUCCAGCAAGAGAUUCUGCAGAUGAGAAGGGAUAACGAAGUGGAGAUAAACAAGCUGACUGCCGACCUGGGUGCCCGGGUAAGUGUGGAAGUGGAAGCUGCUCCAUCCACUGACCUCAGCCAAAUCUUGUUGAACAUUCGAGAAGAAUAUGAAAACCUUAUGGCGAGGAACCUCAAGGAGGCAGAAAAUAUGUUUCUGGAAAGGAGCCAAGAGCUUACUCAACAGGUGUCUUCUGGCUCUGAACAGAUGCAAUCGGCCCAAACAAACAUCAUUGACUUGAGACAUUCUUUGCAAACCCUGGAGAUCGAGCUUCAAAGUGAGCAGAACAUGACAUCUGCACUGGAGGGCAUCCUUGAGGAGACAAAGAGCAGCUAUGCUUUUCACCUAUCUAAGUUACAAAAAUCUAUAAAUAAUGUCGAAGGGAUCCUAGCCCAGAUCCGAUCAGACUUGGAGAGCCAGAACCAAGAAUAUCACCGCCUUAUGGACCAAAAAACUCACUUGGAGCUGGAAAUUGCCACCUACCAACGACUGUUAGAUGGAAAUGACAUCCAAGUAAUAGAAUCACCGCUGGACAAUGAAAAGCAUGAGGAACAUAAAGAAGAGAAGGAUCCAGAAACACAAUCCCAAGGGUCUAAGUAA